UCUUCACUCUGCUGGUAAUCCGCGGCAGCACCGAACUCCUCCUGUCAAGAGGUCCUCAUCACCGUUCUCCUGCCUUGCCCGCGCAGACAAAUACAAGUUCUGGAUUGAUAUAUCUUAUUUCCAUGUUAUUGCGGCUUCAGAAGAUCUUAUCCGAUCGGAUCGCUGAGGGGGGAAUUCGGUUUCCGACUACAGUUUAAUCUUGUCGAUUUUCAUCUCAUUUGAGUCUCUCCGCGUCCAAUGUAUAAAAUUUCAUCUCAGCUAAGAGAACAUCGUAGAGUUUAAGGUUGUUUCAACGUAUGAUCCAGGAUUUAUUCUUCAUUAGCAACAAGGCAAAUCAAAAUACAGCGACCAGGGUCGGGGGGUGACUUGCCCAAAACCGGCGAGUUCAACCCUUUUCGUGUGGCUCAAAGGACAGAUUCCUUCCAAACUGUUCCAAUGGAUGAUGAUAUUGAAAGGUUAGGCCCUUACCAGGAAAGGCCUAGAACAUUUCCAAACAUGCGCAGCAAAUCUCAAGCACCAUGGUUUUUUCGUGUUCUCAUGAGGAUGAAUGUUCGAGUCCUUUUAGUGCUUCUGCUCCUGUGUGUUGGUGUCGUCUUUUACAUUGGUGCGAGCACCUCUCCGAUCAUUGUAUUUGUGUUCUCAGUUUGCAUAAUCAGUUCCUUCUUGUCAAUUUAUCUCGCUAAGUGGGUUCUUUUGAAGGAUGAGGGACCUCCAGAGAUGUCUCAGAUAUCAGAUGCAAUACGUGAUGGAGCUGAGGGUUUCUUUAGGACUCAAUAUGGAACUAUUUCUAAAAUGGCAGUCCUACUUGGACUGGUUAUCCUUGGGAUAUACCUUUUCCGAACAACAACUCCUCAGCAAGAAGCUUCUGGGAUAGGCAGGUCUGCAACUGCAUAUAUCACUGUUAUUGCCUUUCUUUUGGGGGCUGUAUGCUCAGGCAUUGCUGGUUAUGUCGGCAUGUGGGUUUCUGUACGCGCAAAUGUUCGAGUCUCUAGUGCAGCAAGGCGUUCAUCAAGAGAGGCAUUGCAGGUAGCUGUUCGUGCUGGAGGUUUUUCAGCCUUGGUAGUUGUUGGCAUGGCUGUAAUGGGCGUUGCUGUGCUCUAUGCAAUCCUCUAUGUGUGGUUAGGGGUGGAUUCCCCUGGUGGAAUGAAGGCAGUAGAUCUGCCUCUACUUCUUGUGGGCUAUGGUUUUGGAGCUUCAUUUGUUGCCCUUUUUGCUCAGUUGGGUGGUGGAAUAUAUACCAAAGCUGCUGAUGUUGGUGCUGACCUUGUUGGAAAAGUAGAACAGGGAAUUCCUGAAGAUGAUCCUCGUAACCCUGCCGUCAUUGCAGAUCUGGUAGGAGACAAUGUCGGUGAUUGUGCUGCUAGGGGUGCUGAUCUUUUUGAAAGUAUUGCUGCAGAAAUUAUUAGUGCGAUGAUACUUGGUGGAACUAUGGCCCGUCGCUGCAAAAUUGAAGAUCCAUCUGGAUUCAUUUUAUUUCCGCUUGUUGUUCACUCAUUUGAUCUGAUUAUUUCAUCUGUUGGCAUAUUCUCUAUUCGGAACAAACGUGAGGCUGGAAUAAUUGGUGCCAUAGAGGAUCCUAUGGCAAUUCUUCAAAAGGGAUAUUCAAUUACAAUAUUGUUAGCUGUUCUGACCUUUGGAGUGUCCACACGGUGGUUAUUAUACACUGAACAAGCACCUUCUGCUUGGUUAAAUUUUGCACUCUGUGGUUUGGUUGGAAUUAUAACAGCAUAUGCAUUCGUUUGGAUAACGAAGUACUACACUGACUAUAAACAUGAGCCUGUGCGCACCUUAGCCCUUUCUAGCGCAACAGGCCAUGGAACUAAUAUAAUUGCCGGUGUUAGUCUGGGUUUGGAAGCUACAGCUCUACCAGUCCUUGUCAUAAGUGUAUCCAUUGUCUCAGCUUUCUGGCUGGGCCGUACGUCAGGACUGAUGGAUGAUUCAGGAAAUCCAACUGGUGGGUUGUUUGGGACAGCUGUUGCAACCAUGGGAAUGCUGAGCACAGCAGCAUACGUUCUUACCAUGGACAUGUUUGGUCCUAUAGCCGAUAAUGCUGGUGGAAUAGUUGAGAUGAGUCAACAGCCAGAAAGUGUUCGUGAGAUAACUGAUGUUCUUGAUGCGGUUGGAAACACUACUAAAGCCACAACCAAAGGAUUUGCUAUUGGAUCUGCAGCCUUGGCUUCCUUUCUUCUGUUCAGUGCUUACAUGGAUGAAGUUGCUGCAUUUUCUAAUGCACCUUUCAAGCAAGUUGAUAUUGCCAUACCUGAGGUAUUUGUUGGUGGAUUACUGGGCUCUAUGCUUAUCUUUCUGUUCAGUGCAUGGGCUUGCUCGGCAGUCGGUCGGACCGCUCAAGAAGUUGUCAAUGAAGUCAGGAGACAAUUCAUUGAGAGGCCAGGAAUAAUGGACUACAAAGAGAAACCAGAUUAUGGUCGAUGUGUAUCUAUCGUUGCUUCUGCAUCUCUAAGAGAGAUGAUAAAACCUGGAGCAUUGGCUAUUAUAUCACCUGCUGUUGUUGGUUUGGUAUUCCGGAUGCUGGGAUAUUACACAGGGCAGCCACUACUUGGGGCAAAAGUUGUGGCAUCAAUGUUGAUGUUUGCUACAGUGUCUGGUAUUCUGAUGGCUCUGUUCCUCAACACUGCUGGUGGGGCCUGGGAUAAUGCAAAGAAGUACAUUGAAACUGGUGCUCUUGGUGGCAAAGGAAGCGACUGCCACAAAGCAGCAGUUACCGGUGAUACUGUAGGAGACCCUUUCAAAGAUACAGCUGGACCUUCGUUGCACGUACUCAUAAAAAUGCUGGCAACAAUCACUCUGGUCAUGGCUCCUAUAUUUCUGUGAAGAGAGUAAAGCUUAGUCAGUGUACUUGUCCUUUUUCAAGAAUUCAUAGCUCUACAUUCUUGGGAAUCUCUUCUUGUACAUUCCAUAUAUAUAUGGACAGAAUCUUUCAAAUCAUCGAAGCCUGUAUACUGCUCUCAAGUGAAAUAUUAUAGUUAGUUAGUAGUCCAAUUUUCCCCAGCCUUUUUUGGAUUUUGGCUUAUCCUUUCCGUGUACUUUUGCAUACCUGCUCUGUCUAGGAAAACAGCCAGUUGAUGGGGUGGUGUGGUGGUAUUAAGAAGCUCUCAUGAAGAAUUUUUUAGUCAGGCUUCUAUAAACUAUUAGACUAUUAGUAAAUCACAAAGUUGACAUUUUCAGCAUUAGACUUGAUGAAAGUCCACCCUUUUACUACCAUUUCGGCAUCAUACAGCUGGACACUUGACAACUUCAAUGAAUGAAUGAAAAUAUUAGGAUGGUCAUUAUUC